CCUGACACGGUUGACUGGAGAGAAAAAGGAGUCGUCAGUGCGGUCAAGUACCAGGGAGAAUGCGGAUCUUGUUGGGCUUUCUCAGCAACUGGAGCCCUCGAAGGGCAGCAUGCCCGUCUUACGAAAAAACUGGUAUAUCUUUCCGAACAAAAUCUCGUGGAUUGCUCCUUUGCUUAUGGAAAUGAUGGUUGCGGGGGAGGCCUUAUGGAUAACGCUUUCGAGUAUGUCAAAGAUAAUCAUGGCAUCGAUACAGAGGAAAGCUAUCCUUACUUUGGCAAUGUCAGUUACACCUUCCCGUUUUUUCUUUUUCUAUGUGCUAAAUGCAGGAAUCUAAAUGUCAUUUCACAAAGGAGAACAUUGAAGGGUGAAAAAAGGCUUUUACAGGUCGCCGUUGCAACUAAGGGACCAAUUUCAGUAGCCAUUGACGCGAGUCGAUUUAGUGUCUACUAUGACGAAAAUUGCUCCUCCGAAGAUCUCAAUCAUGGUGUUCUUGUCGUUGGAUAUGGUACCGAUGAGGAAGGAAGAGACUACUGGCUCGUCAAAAAUAGUUGGAGCAAGGAUUGGGGAGAUGACGGUUACAUUCGUAUGGCACGUAAUCGCAAUAAUCAUUGUGGUAUCGCCUCGGUUGCCAGUUAUCCGGUUAUGUAG